ACUCGCGCCAUGACUAAAUACGUUGUGGUAGGCUCCGGCAUUAUCGGCCUCUACACCACCUUCUGCCUCCUCCAGCACGGCGUGGACCCUUACCAAGUUACUGUGCUCGCGGAGUACCUCCCUGGUGACGAGUCUGUCAACUACGCCUCACCCUACGCUGGUGGCAACUUCUCGUGCAUUACUGAUGACGACCCCGCUACCCUUGCAUACGACAAGCACACCUACACCCACCUUCAUGUGCUUCAGCGGGAGUUGGGCGGCCCUGCUUGUGGACUCGAUCGUUAUCUCUCCACCGAGUACUGGGACACCAAGCCGUCACGUCGCAAGUUGGACUCGUUGGCGUCGUACUUGGAGUGCUACGAGGUGGUGACCGAUGGCCCCGCCUACGGCAUUCGCUUCAAGUCCUGGAACUUCAAUUGCCCGUUCUUCUUGUUGAACUUCCAGAUCUACCUCCAGGACAAAGGCGUACGCUUUAAACGCGGCAAGUUAUCCCACAUCGCACAGGCGUACCUGGCAGACACCCGCUGUGUAUUCAACUGCACUGGAUUGGGUGCCCAUGGCUUGGGUGGUGUCAACGACACAGCAGUCUACCCCACCAGGGGACAGGUGGUGGUGGUCAAGGCACCCCACGUCACCGAGAACCGCAUGCGUUGGGGAGCGGACUACGCCACCUAUGUCAUCAAGCGCCCCUACUCCAACGACCAAUUGAUCUUGGGUGGAUUCAUGCACAAAGACAACUGGAGUGGUGACACCUUCCGCGACCAGUCCAACGACAUUCUCGCCCGUACUACCGAAUUGUUUCCCGAGAUCUUGACCCGAAACCCACGCGGCUCCUCCAUAGCCGAUUUGGAGGUGGUCCGCGUGGUGGCAGGCCUCCGUCCGUCCCGUCACGGAGGGGUCCGCAUCGAACGGGAGCUCGUGGACCACAACAAGAUCUUGGUGCACAAUUACGGUGCCAGUGGCUACGGGUACCAGGCAGGCUUGGGGAUGGCGCACGAGGCAGUGCGGUUGGCAUUAAUGGGCGACUCGAAGAUCUAGUCAGCAGAUGUGUGAAAUAUAAUAGACGGGCUAAGAACGGCAAAUAGUUGGCGAAAAAUCCUACAAAAAUAAACAUAUUCUUCUGAAUGCCUUGCUUAUCCUUUCACGAAUCUCUAAAAUAUUACGUUCGAAAUGAAUAUUAACCAGUAGUCUGCGUUUGACUUACAUCGCCUACCCAGCCAUACUUUGGUUAGUGAAACUUCAAUUCCAUUUGUCAAAGUUACCACUCCCCGACUG